UUUAUGUGGUGUCAGUGGCUCUAAUAACAGACAGAACAGUGUAUGGUCUGAAGAGAACGGGAGAGGAGAGGAGGUGAUGGACAGUGAAGGAGAUGCGGGAGAUUGUUCGUUGGAGGAGUUUCCCUCCAGCCCAGCCCCAGCCCCAGCCCCAGCCCCAGCGGAGGCCGAACAUGUGGAUUCGGAUGGCUUGUCCGUCCUGGAGCAGCUGGGACUGGACCAGAACUCUGAUUUCUCAGACUCCAGCGUGCAGCAGCGGUUGGACGAGCAGCGAGAGAGGAUCCGGAGAGAGAUCCGGAAGGAGCUGAAGAUAAAAGCAGGUGCGGAGAACCUGCGGCGGGCCACCACUGAUAAACGCAACGCCCAGCAGGUGGAGAGCCAGUUACGCAGCUCCAGCCGCAAGCUGGACUCGCUCCACACUCAACUGCAGGAGCUGGACGCCCACAUCGUGGUCAAGGGUCACGAUGACAGCAAAGAUGACCUUCAGCCUCUCGGGACGCCGGGUCGCUCCUCAGCCAAUCAGGACAGGAUUAAGGCUCUGGAGCGACAGCUCAACAUCGAACUGAAGGUCAAACAGGGGGCAGAGAACAUGAUCCCCAUCUACGCCAACGGGGUUACAAAGGAUAAGAAGCUGCUUCAGUCGGCUCAGCAGAUGCUGCAGGACAGUAAGACAAAGAUCGACAUCAUCCGUAUGCAGAUCCGUAAAGCUAUGCAGGCCACCGAACAGACAGACGACACUCAGGGUAAGCCGGAUCUGUGCGGGGUGGAGCUCCGUAUCGAGGAGCUCUGGCAUCAUUACCGUGUUGAACAUGCCAUGGCCGAGGGCGCCAAAAACAUGCUGAGGCUUCUGGGAGCUGGAAAAGCACAGGACAAGAAGGCCAUCGCUGAGGCUCAGUCUCGUCUCAGUGAAGCGUCCCAGCGCUUGGAUCUUCUGCGAGUGUCGUUAGAGCAGCGUUUGGUCAAUCUACCGGAAGAUCAUCCGAAAGUGUGUCUGAUUAAGGAGGAGUUAGUGUUGGCAUCGUCCUCGGCCUUCAGCUCCCGUCACAGCGCCCCCUAUGUCCACAAUCAGUACAGCACCCUCAGCAAACCCUCGCCGCUCACCGGGACGCUGCAGGUGCGUCUGCUGGGCUGUGUGGGCUUGUUGGAGAUCGUCCCGGGCCGCAGUCGCACGUCUCCGGUGGUUUUGCCUCACUUCAGUCCUGGAGACGGACGGCACUUCAAACUCACUCUGAGCAGCAGAAACAGCAGCUUCAGCCUGAAGACUCCCAGCAAGAGCGAAGAGCUGUCCUCGGAGGUGAGCGCCGUGUUGAAGCUGGAGAACUGUGUGGUGGGACAGACGUGUUGGAGGAGUGUUGGUGAACAGACAUGGGAUCAGACCUUCACUCUGGAGCUGGAGAGAUCCAGAGAGAUGGAGAUCGCCGUGUACUGGAGGGACUAUCGCUUGCUCUGUGCGCUCAAGUACCUGAAGCUGGAGGACUUUCUGGACAAUCAGAGACACCGAAUACAGCUGGAGCUCGAACCACAGGGACGGCUGCUCGCAGAGGUGAUGUUCUUCAACCCUGUGAUAGAGCGAGGUCCACGUCUACAGCGGCAGAGGAAGGUGUUUUCCAAACAGCAGGGUAAAGCCUUCCUGCGCGCUAAACAGAUGAACGUGGACAUGGCGACGUGGGUUCGUCUGCUGAAGAACGUCAUUCCCAUGAGCUCCUCCACACACAGCUACACACAACACACCAACACACACCACAGCAGCAGCGAGAUUUCCAUCCAGAAGAUUCAGCUGGACGGCGACUCUCCUCCAUCUGUGACGAGAAAAAACACACAGACGUCAAGCACGGUGGACAUUGGCCCAGUGUCUGAGCCGGUCUCUCCUUCUGAUCCCGCUCCUCUUGAGAAGGCUGUCAGAACCAGUUCCCAUAAUUCCCAGCGCAGGCCUUCCAAAAGCACUCUGUGUCUUCAGGAUUUCCGAAUGAUUGCAGUGUUGGGCCGGGGACAUUUUGGCAAGGUGCUGCUGUCUGAAUACGAACGCUCGGGAAAGGUGUACGCCAUCAAAGCACUGAAGAAAGGGGACAUUGUGGCACGAGACGAGGUGGAAAGUUUGAUGUGCGAGAAGCGAAUCUUUGAGACGGUGAACAGCGCACAGCACCCGUUCCUGGUCAAUCUGUUUGCAUGUUUUCAGACGCCAGAACACGUGUGUUUUGUCAUGGAGUACACGGCUGGCGGAGACCUGAUGAUGCACAUCCACGCUGACGUCUUCUCUGAAACACGCUCUGUGUUUUAUUCUGCAUGUGUGGUUUUGGGGCUUCAGUUUCUUCAUGAUAAUAAGAUUGUGUAUCGAGAUCUGAAGCUGGAUAACCUGCUGCUGGAUACUGAAGGUUAUGUGAAGAUUGCGGACUUCGGUCUCUGUAAAGAGGGAAUGGGUCAUGAUGACAGAACCAGUACAUUUUGUGGGACUCCAGAGUUUCUGGCUCCUGAGGUUCUGACAGACACGUCCUACACCAGAGCCGUGGACUGGUGGGGUCUCGGCGUGCUCAUUUACGAGAUGCUGGUUGGAGAGUCGCCAUUCCCAGGUGAUGAUGAGGAGGAGGUGUUCGACAGCAUUGUGAAUGAUGAAGUACGUUACCCAAGAUUCCUCUCCACCGAGGCCAUUGGCAUCAUGAGACGGCUGCUGAGGCGUAAUCCUGAGAGACGACUGGGCUCCAGUGAAAGAGACGCAGAGGACAUCAAGAAACAACCCUUCUUUAGAAAUAUGGACUUGGAGGCGCUUCUGCAGCGGCGAGUUCCUCCUCCUUUCGUUCCUGCAGUGAAGGGAAAAGAAGACGUCAGUAACUUUGACGCCGAGUUUACGAAUGAAGCACCGACGUUGACGCCUCCUCGUGAGCGCCGGAUCCUUUCGCGCAAAGACCAGGACUACUUCAGGGACUUUGACUAUGUCUCUGACUUCUGCUAGGGCACGAGUGUGCAUACUGCCGCUGCUAGGUGUGGGAGAUGUGGACCAUUGUAACGACCUAUCAGUUGUUGCAUCCUAGUCCACAUCUAGGCUGCUUGGCGUGAGGACUGACGCUUCCUCAGAGGCUUCCUGCCAAUGGAACAUGGGUUUGUUCAACAUGAAAACCAUAAUAAAGGGUUUGACAUCUCCUGACUGCCUAUAGUGAUUGGUUGAUUGGAGCGUGAGGAAAUUACUCCAUCCGACUUUAGGAGGUACAUCGAACAUGAAGAGAUUCAAGAAUCCACAUAAUGUGAAGCUCUGAAAGCCGGCAGGCAAGAUGUUCUCUUGUCCUGUUUGCAAAGUCUUUCAUGACAUUACCCUUAGCACCAGAUGCUAAUGAAGUCAUGAAUCUUGUGAAUAGAGUGCUGCAGGGAUGACAUAUUUUUGUAAGCCAAAACCAGGAAACGAGUUCGCCUUUUAGCACAUCCGGUUUCAUCAUCCUGAUUUUUUAAUGGGUUUUUGGGUUAGUUGGUCUAUGUUUAACACAAGCUCAAGAUAUUUUCACAUUUUAUUCUACGACAUAAAAUACAUCAAUAAUACUCCCUUGUCUUGAAAAAGUCUGUUGCUAACAAAUGGCUAAAUGGGACUUCAGAGGUGUAGUUUGCAAGAAGUAUAAGGAUAUAUAAUGCUCUCUUGCCAACUAGUCUUACUUUUUUUUUUUAAAUAACGACUGAAAGAGCUGUCAUAAGCUUACUGGUGGUGUAGUUUGUUUAUAGCCAACGUUUAGCUUUUUAUUUUCUAGUGUUUUGUAUUUGGCCUUCAUAAAAGAUUCCUUUUAUUCGUGAGGAUUUUCGUGAUUAACAAAACAUGAAAGAAUCAUAAACUUUGGUUGGCCACAGA